AUGGAGUACCUGAAUGACUUUGACCUCCUGAAGUUUGAGGUGAAACCUGACACUCCUCCGCUCCCUCCUCCAUGUUCGUAUCCCAAAUCUGGCCUUCCUCACGACCCCUCCAGCUCUCCGUACACCGGCCAUCCUCCCCAGGACUCCAGCUUGAGCUCCAGUCCCUACAACUCGCUGCCACCUUCACCCACGCUUAGCGAUGUCCAUCCGCCGCCUUCCGGCUCUUCCUCCCUCUCCUCCUCGUCCUCGUCCAUCUCCUUCCCCCUGUCCAUACCCAACAGCUUCACCUCUGGCAUCAGCUCUGGCUCUCAGGGGAACGCGGAGGGCAGCCCGGCUCACGGGGGCCCUCAGGGGCCCACCCCCGCCUCCCUGGAGGACCUGAUCUGGCUGGCGGCGCUGCAGCAGCAGUUCGGGGGUGAGGUGACGGGGCCCGCCACUCUGCUGGGAGCCCUGGGGGGAGUGCCGGAGAGAGGGGACCGAGACAGGGGGCAGGUGAACGGCUUCCUGGGCUGCGAAGACGCCGUGGAGGCUUUGCUGAACUCAGCGGCCGCGGCCGUCAGCUCACAGUUCCCAGGUCUCUCUCAAAGCUCCAGCAGCAACCUGGGAGACUCCAGCAGCGACAGCGGGGGGGACAUCUCCUGCGCUAAGGCGGCGGACAUGUGCCACCGCCCGCUCGUCUUCCUGUCGUCCGCACCCAACUCGCUCCCCAACGCGGUCCCCGCCUCAGCUCCAUACCCACAACCCCUCAGCCCCCAGGGCCGCCUUCAUCACCACCACCAUCAACACCAUCAGCAUCACCCACACCACCCCAUGCAUGGCAACCAUCACCAUCAUCACCACCCACAAGUCAACCAGUGCGGGGUGAACGAGCGCUUCUCCGACGAGCAGCUGGUGAGCCUGUCGGUGCGCGAGCUCAACCGGCACCUGCGCGGCGUGAGCAAGGACGAGGUGGUGCGCCUGAAGCAGAAGCGGCGCACGCUGAAGAACCGCGGCUACGCGCAGUCCUGCCGCUACAAGCGCCUGCAGCACCGCCACGCUCUGGAGUCAGAGAAACACGUGCUCACGCAACAGCUGGAACAGCUACAGUGUGAACUCUCCAGAGUGCUGAGGGAACGAGACGCCUACAAGGCUCGCUACGAGAAGCUCCUCAGCACAAACCACAGCACGGGCAGCGACGCCCCCCCCACGCGCACCAGCAACCCCCCCUCCCCACCCCCUGAUUACUUCCUUUGA